GGCCAAUUGGCUUCUCCUUCCCCAUCUUAAACAGUGAGUUACCCGACCCGAUCGGAUGCAUCGAGGAAUUUCUGGCGAGUCUCCUGAAACCUAACCUCAGUGAAGUGCUGCUUCUUUCCAAGUCAGCCUUCCGGCAGUCCGUCCGGCCACCAAUUCCGAUUUCUACUCGCCGCCCCGAGCAGUGCUGCUUUGCUAUGCUCCUUUGAUUCAGACGCAUCCGGCGUCAGGCUUGUCGGGUUUUCAUUUAGAAGGCUGCUCGGUACGGAACAUUUGCGGAAUCAUUGAUAGAAUUGUUUAAUAAGCUUGAGGGAUUUUGUUUCUCUGAUCGUUUUUGUUUUUCAAUUGGUAAAUGUUAUGGAUUUGGGUAGAUUGUUCUGCGCGCACAACGUGUUUGAUGAAAUGUCUCAGUGUAUUUUGCCCUCUUGUCAUCUUCUUAUUUACAGGGUUUUAAGUUCAGCAGCGGUCCGAGUACUUAGAUAGAAAGAACGAUGAUCUCUGCUGGUAUUAAAGAGAUAUUGAAUAUUCAGAAGCUUCGUAGAGUUGUCUCUUACACUGGGUUCUUCGUAUUUACGGCUGCCGUUAGCUAUGUUUAUACCAACAAUACAACUAGAGCAGGUUUUUCUAGGGAUGACCAGUUUUAUGCAGCUUAUCCUGCUGGAACUGAACUUUUAACAGACACGGCCAAGUUGUAUAAAGCAGCAUUGGGGAAUUGCUUUGAGUUAGACGAAUGGGGUCCAAUUGAGUUCUGCAUAAUGUCUAAACAUUUCGAUCGCCAGGGGAAAUCACCAUAUGCAUAUCAUGCUCAAUACAUGGCGCACCUUCUUUCGCAUGGACAACUUGACGGAAGCAGUUAGAAUGGAUAAUGAUAUUACAGUCCCGCCACCCUCCAGAAAGAUCGAUCUAUUUGGAACGUCUACAAUGUUGUGCAUAGAUGGUGAGAAGUGAUGGAAGAAUGAAUUAUUGAUAGGUCUAUCCUCGUGCUGAUACGUUUUAGUUGAUGUGAAAGAAGGCAAAUUGGAUAUUUAUUCAAGUGUGGGUAAGCAAGCUUGCUUCCAAUAUUGACUUGCUCCAUAAUUUUUUUUUAAGAUGUAUGAGUUUGCGAUAGAUGGAUACAAUGUUAAGAUUCAAGUAUCCGCAACUCUCAUUUAUGUUUUUGGUCAUCUCCGCUAUACUUCCAAGUUCCAUGGGAUUCUCCCUGCUUGACCACCAUUACUUCUUAAUCGGGCUCUAUUGUCUGUUUUGAAACUUCUUUAUUAAGAGAGUGAUACCGUUCUUUUGAUGAAGAGAAUGACCUGGCUCUGAGACUUGAUUUCGGAUUAAAAAUUCUGUUGCUUUUAUUGAUGCUAGUCCUUGCUCACAAACUUCCAAAUUGAGCAAAUUUUGCCUCAAAUCAUGCUAUGACCUGGAAAUCAAAUAUAUGAUUACACCUAAUCCUAAUAUGGAUAAAUUAUAAGCACAGUGAUGACAAAUGUGACAUCAAAAUAUCCAAGAAAUGGGAUAUGAAAUA